UUUUUUUUAUUUCAUAUGGGUUCAUGCAGGCCACCACUUUCACUUCUAAUUCUUAAUUCAGUAUAGCUGCUAGUACAACUUAGGCCUGUAUCAUUGUAGGAAAACGUUUGUGACGUAAACUCUAGAUGCAUUCCGAGAGGAUGGUGGACAGACAGCUCGGCUGAUAACGGAUAACGAGAAAUCAGAUCACAAAUAUGUAUUGUAAGACACUUUUCCAGACUAUUUGCCGACAGACUCAUCGACUUUACCAUCGUUCGGUUGCUUAUAACGCUAAUACACAGGCAGCAACAAAAGCCAAGAUCCCUGAUCGCUUUGUCCAGGCUGUGAUUGAUAUAGUUGGCAAUGAGAAUGUAUCCACAACAGAUGCUGUUCGAGAACAGCAUGGCCAUGAUGAGUCUUAUCAUGUCACUUCACCACCAGAUAUUGUGGCUUUUGCGGAGAAUACCGAUCAUGUGAGUCAGGUAGCCCGACUGUGCAACAACCAUGAGGUGCCUCUCAUCCCCUUUGGCAGUGGCACAGGACUUGAAGGGGGUAUAAAUGCAUUGAAGGGAGGUCUGUGUCUAGAUCUGUCUAAGAUGAAGAAAAUAGUGUCCGUCAACGCUGAAGAUUUUGACUGUACUGUUGAGGCUGGUGUUACCAGGGUAACACUCAACAACUACCUAAGGGACACUGGACUCACGUUUCCUAUUGACCCUGGUGCAGACGCAUCUCUGUGUGGUAUGUGUGCUACCAGUGCCUCCGGUACAAAUGCUGUGAGAUACGGCACCAUGAGGGAGAAUGUCCUUAAUAUGGAAGUAGUACUCCCAGAUGGUCGUGUCAUCCACACGGCUGGUAAAGGAAGGCGUACAAAAAAAACCUCAGCAGGAUACAAUCUCACCAACAUGUUUGUUGGAUCAGAAGGCACACUUGGAAUCAUUACCCAGGCAACACUUCGUCUCCAUGGUAUACCAGAGGCUACAAUAUCAGCUGUCUGCUCCUUCAACAGUGUUCAGGAGGCUGUAGAUUCUACUGUUCAGAUCCUACAGAUGGGCAUUUCUAUAGCCAGGAUAGAAUUCCUGGAUGAGGUGUCUGUAGAUGCAUGCAAUAGAUACAGUAAGCUGGACAUGAAGGUGGCGCCAUCUUUAUUCUUCGAGUUCACAGGGAGUUCUGAUACACUGGACAAACAGGCAGAGGUUGUCAAGGAUAUUGCAUCCAUGAAUGGUGGAUCUGAGUUUAAGUGGGCAUCAGAUCCUGAGGAGAGAAAUCAUCUGUGGAAGGCCAGACAUGACAUUCUGUAUGCCUGUAUGGCUCUCAGACCAGGCAGUAAGCCCUACUCUACAGAUGUUUGUGUACCUAUAUCCAACUUACCUGAGGUCAUAGUGAGAUCAAAGGAAGCUAUACAGAAGGCUGGUGUUAUAGAUGCCUCCAUGGUUGGUCAUGUUGGUGAUGGCAAUUUUCAUACACUGUUUUUAAUCAACACUGAAAAUAAAAAGGAAGUAAAGCUUGUACAGAGCUUGGCAGAUACCAUAGCAACAAUCGCCAUGGAGCUGGAUGGAACCUGUACAGGAGAACAUGGGAUUGGGAUGGGAAAGCGCGGCCUCCUACAGCGAGAAAUCGGUGAUACAGGCAUGGAAGUGAUGCGGCAACUCAAGAAAACAUUUGACCCAAAGGGAAUCAUGAAUCCUGGAAAAGUGUUUUUUGAGUAAUGAUGACUGCAGUUUAGGUUGUUACAGAAAACAUUGGGUUACCUCUCCUUAUCAAAGAGUAGAGCUGAUCGAUUUAUAGUUACCCAAGCCUCUGUGUCACUGUCAUUAUGAUGUUGUACAACUGUUGAUAUUUAUAAAUUUGACUUUCAAUAUUUUUAUGAAGAUGCUGAUAUUUGUAACCUGAUCAUUAGCUGGAAAAUAUUUUUUUUAAAUAUGUUGCUAAGUGCCCCUUAGCAUUAAGAACUUUAUAUGUACUCAUUUAAUCUGUAGCCACAGAUUAAGACAUGCUUUAAAUCUGUAGCCACAGAUUAAGACAUAUUUUACUCAAACUGAACUCAUAAGGACAGAGAUACUGUUAAUUGUUGUACUUUUAAAUAUGUUAGAGGUAAAUCUUUUGUUUUCUAAUAUUAUGUAUAUAAAUAAAUAGCUACACAUGCCCAAACCAAUUUACCAGGAUGUGGAUGUGAUAGUUUGUGAUAAUUAUGAUGAAUGAUUAUAUGAUCGUAAUUGUUUUGCCAUAAUUGCUAGUUUGAUUGAGAAAUGCAGCCCUGGUGGUCAAAUAAUUGUUUCAAUAUGCCGGUUUACUAGUGGAGAACCUAUAUUAAAACUAAAACGUACAGGGGAGUAGGAAGGGACAUAACUCCGGCUCAGCAUUUUAGAAGGGACAUAACUCUGGUAGACUUGUGUCCAAAACUCGGCUUUAGCUAAAAUGUCUUAAAUUGAUGAUCAUGGCAUGGCCAGCGACAGUAAUGGGGUCAUCAUUGUAGGAUUGAAAUGGAUGUCUAAGUGUUCAGAUUCCAUUAGCAACACCAAAAUGUAGUUACUUUGUA